AUUAACAAAGGUGUUAAAUGUGUUAUUCCUGAACGUAUAAUGAGUAUAGAGUCCACAAGUACAUUUUUUGAUCUUUUUGAUUUAACCAUGAUGGGACAAUAUGAUGAUAGAGAGGUGAAAGUUUCUAUUAGGCAAGAAAAAUCUGAAGGUUGGAAAAAAGUAGACAAGGGGUUAGAUGGUGACUUGAAAAUAUUAGAAGUUUUAGGUUUUAUGCAGGUCAAAUUUUGUCUUGUUUCUGAUACAAAUUUAGAUACAACAGUUUCAACUCAAAACAGGCCAAAUGCUUUUGACAUUUUAAUGACAAAUUCAAGACAACUUUUACUUCCACAAUUAAUACUCGAAGUUCUUUCUUUAAAUAGAAUUUUAAAAAAAUAUUCAGACUAUCUAAUCACAACUACUGCUAAUAUAAAUGAACUGCACUAUAGUAAUGAAAGUGCUCAAAAUCCUGGAAAUAACAGUACGAUGUACCAGGUUAGUGCUUGUGAACCUCAUCAACUUAAGGAUGAAUAUACUCAAUUAGAUGAUACUAUCAAGGUAAUUAUUUGGGAACGAUUAACUACAUAUGGAGAAUUCAAGAAAAAAGUUACACCAGCAGUAUUGCGGCUGCUUCAUUUUGACCUUACUGGAAAUGCUGCUGUAACUUCGGAUGCAGUUAGUCGUGAUGUGGAAGAAAGAUUAAAAUUAAUGUUAACAUUAGCAGAUCCUAAUAUAAUAUUCGAUUUGUGA